CUUAGAUAGUUAGUAGUUAUAGUGUGUGUUAUUUUUGGGGCGGAAACUGAAUGUUCCACUUCUAUAAUCAUUCAAUUUUUAAAUCAUAUUAUUAUUAUUAUUAGAAAUCACUGUCUUUGUUGGACGGAAGGAAGUUGAUAGAUUUUGCGCAUACAGAACAGAUUCUUGAUCUUCCUGAAGCUUUCUCCUUCCUCCUCUAUCAACAACGGUGCCUACAUUGUGAUAUAGAAGAGAUAUAACAAUAAUAAUAGUAAUUUUUAAACAACAUCACCAUUAAGUGGAGUAAUAUCAUCACGUGGCGAAAUCGGAAAUAACUUUCAAAAUAAACUCUACGAAAUGAACAUUUCAGAUGCACAAUUAUUCUAUACAAGACAAUCUACAAAUUGGCCUAUGAUGUUUCCUUUCAGUAGUGGUACAACAGAUCUAUAUGAAAAGCCUCGUUCUGUAGGCAGCAGUAGUCUGCACAGUCAUCAACUCCAGUCUUCUUCUCCAUCACCGGGACCACUUCCUUCUAUUUCUCAUCCUCUUCCUCCUCCUGCUCCACAUCAUCAACACCAACAUUCACAAGAAUCUCAACAGCAACAACUUCAGUCAUUACAACCAGACACAAAUGCAUUGCAUGAAUUUAUGAAUUACGGAUUACUCCCGUUUUCAUCGAAUCAUGUUGGUCAGUAUAAUACUACUACUAACAACAACAAUAAUAACAGUAGUAGUAGUAUAAACAGUAGUCAUCAGACAGAUGCAUUCUAUAUACCUUCAUGUAUUGCUGCAAUGCAGAGUGAAACACAUUCAACUCUGACAUCUGAUUCACAAUUACCACUGACUACAGAGGCUUCAUCAAAUAGCAUGUUUCAUCAUAGUAUUUUACCGAAUCCAGCGGCUACUGAACGACUGACAGACAUUAAUCCAUCCUAUAAAGAUAUGCUUCUAUCACAUCAUAUGAACAGUACUACUUCAACUAAUAACAAUAAUCCUAAUAUCGGUAGCGGUAACAAUAGCGUUCACGGAUCAGACAUAUCGAAGUCAUUCCAACACUUAGAUCCAUGGACUUGGAUGAAUAUGAACCAUUCAAUGAAUUAUCCAGUAACAUUAUCAAAAUCGAUAUCUUCAUCAACAGAUUUAUUAUUAUCAUCAUCAUCAUCUCCUUUAACAUCGAUAUCUUCAUUGUCGUCAUUGGAGAAUUCUGGAGUAAUGACAACCUCAGAGUUAGGUAGUAGGUCUCAACGUCUUUCAAUGCCUGCUACUACUACUACUACUACUAAUGCAACGACAGGCGGAUUGAAAACUACAUCGAAAUGUGAUGAAAUCUCUUCAUCAAUGUCUUCAUUCAUGGGUAUGUCGUCGCCGAAAAAGUACUCGAAAGGCUUCUUAUCUUUACACAGGAGUCAACAACAACAACAGCACCUACAACAGCCGCAAAAAUUUGAAGAUUUUCUACCCAGUGGACUGUUCAAUGAGCAUCAAGCCUACAAAAUGUCUCAGAAUGAAUGUAUAAAUAAACACAACAGUACUAAUACUACUACUAAUAGUAAUAAUAAUCAUGGUGAAGAAACUACUGAAGAAUCACACGGUUUCCGUUUACCACCAAUUAACCUGACCAAUACAAAUGUCUACUCAUCACAUACAACAAUGAAAUCAAAUGAUGACAUCAAAACAUCAACUUCGUCAGGAGUAUACGAUCGAGUGACUGGAAGUUACAGAGGUGAAAAUCGAAGUAAUCAUGGGAACAAUAGAUCAUCACAUCGGCCACAUAGAGUGUACACUUCAAAUAAUGAUUAUGAUCAAGUAUAUAAAUCACGUUCAUCGAAUAGUCAACAUCAGCAGUUGAGUGAUAACAAAGAAUUGCACUCGUUAACGAAACGAAAACGUUCUUCCUUGAAUGCAUCCAAUAAUAAUAGCGCCAAUAGCAACAUUAACAAUAAUGGUAGUAGCAUUACUAGCAUACAUGAUAAUAAGAGUAUAACUGGUCCUAAUUCUAAUUCCAGCUUUCCACUAUCCAUUAAUCAAACCUCACCGAGCACAAUUUCUCAGAAAGGUGACAUUUUCAAAAACAAUUUUGAAUUAAGUAGUAUUUUUACACCGUAUGGAAAUACUACUUCGAAUAGUUUGGAUAUAUCGCAUCAUUUAGGUAAAUCACACUUCACUGAACUACUACAGCAUAAUGAGAAUGAUCUGUCGAAGGGGAAUAUGAGGUUGGCAAAUAACAACAGUAGUCAUAUGAAUACUAAUCAUGAUAGUGAAUUAAUUGCAAAAUAUGGUCCGAAAUUUAUGAAAACACCAGUGGACAAUGAAAUCAGUCUUCCGGGGCACAUGACUGAUUACGAUUAUACAAAUUUGUCGUUUUAUACAAAACAUGCGAAUUCUUCACUACCGACAAAUCAAUGGAGACCACAGUGCUCUGGACAAAUACAAUUAUGGCAGUUUUUAUUGGAAUUAUUAUCAGAUUCGAAAAAUCUAGCCUGUAUUACAUGGGAGGGUACUAAUGGUGAAUUUAAACUAGUCGAUCCAGAUGAAGUGGCUAGACGUUGGGGUGAACGUAAAUCAAAACCAAAUAUGAAUUAUGAUAAACUUAGUCGUGCAUUACGUUAUUAUUAUGAUAAGAAUAUUAUGAGUAAGAUAAAUGGAAAACGUUACGCUUAUAAAUUUGAUUUUACCGGCCUAGCCCAAGCUAUGCAACCGCCAACAUGCGGGAAUUCCUCCGGCUCUGAGACAAUGAAUGCCAAUUCACAAAUGUUAUCGUCAUUAUUACUACCAAGUGUUUGUCAUGGCCUGGGUAUCAUGAAUUCACCAUCACAGGCUAAUUUAAAUUAUCCGUUAACUUCAAACGCUGGAACACACUACUCUAAUCUGUUAAUGUCUACACAACUGUCUCAAACCUCACCUCAUCUGGAUAUUACUGCUAACAGUGCCGGCAGUAAUAGUAAUAAUAAUAAUAUCAGUGGCAAUAAUACCACCGGAACUAAUAAUAUCAGUAAUAGUAAUAAUAGUGGUACUAGUACUAAUAGUGAAAGAAAUGAUUUCGGUUCAUCCUUCAAUACUCGUUCAUUAAUCAAUAAUGCAAUCAAUCCUGCACCUUCAGAUUUAUUCCCCUAUCCAACAAAUCCAUCAAGCUACUUUAAUAUGCCUUAUUCGUGUUCCUCACCACCGUAUAAUCCAAGACUAGGCACUGCUCCUAUUGAUUUCCGAUCAAGUCAUCACCAUCAUGAACAACACCAACAACAACAACAGCACAGUGUUACAACCGCCUCUAAUGCCAGCGGGGCUAAUAAUAAUAAUAAUGGUAGUAGCCUCAGGUCAGACUAUUCUCUCGAUUCCUUUGACUAUGGCAAUUUCGUGUCGAAUAAACCGACUGGUAUGCCAUAUUCCUUCUCAAAUGGUCUAUACACACAAGAGGUGCUGCAUUCAGCUAGAAUGGCUGCAGCGGCAGCGUGUUGUUUAAUCUCACCAGUCAAUCAUAAUACAAGCACAAGUCAUAGUGUACCAUCGGCUUUGAACAACUGUCUACCUGAUCUAGAUAAUGACACCGUCGCUGUCGGUAGUGGUGGUGGUGGUGGUGGUGGUAGUCAUGGUGACGAUGACAGUAUAAACAAUAGACUUAAUAUGAUGAUGUCGACAACGACGACGAUAGGAAAUCGAUAUUCACACAACGAUUUCAAUUCACCGCCAAAUCUUCAUCGACCUUCACAACAACAUCAAGAACAGGAUACACAUCAGCAUCAUCAGCAUCACCAACAUAAUCAACACCAAGACGAACAUUCAUUACAAUUUGAUCAACAAAAAUUAACGCAUUUAUCUACAUUCAAUGAUAUACAACAUAAAGCAUUGCUGAGAAAAAGUUUAAAUUUAUCACAGGAACAACAAUUUCCUGUGAACGAUGAGUAUAUCUCAGAUGAGGUAAUAAGAAAACACAAGUUGAACAAUGAAAGCAUUCAUCAUACUAGUAGUCCUAGCAAUAGUUUAAGUGUAUCCAGUGUGUUUACCCCCGUUACCACAAACAUGAAUCAAACAUCUCAUAACAAUAGUACUGGUAAUAAUAAUAAUAAUAAUAGUGAUAAUAAUGAGGCUAAUAGAUCGAUAUUAACAAAUCCAGUUAAUUCAAGCCUAACAACUUCCUCGCCAUCUUCUUCAUCGCCUUCAUCUUCAUCAUUCGCAUCGAUUGAUCAUAAUAGCAAUAAUAAUAAUAAUUUAAAUUCAAAUUACGCGGGUAGAUCAAUCAACUCUUUAAUGGAUACAUCAAAUCUAAUGAUUGGAUCAUGCUUUCCAAUAAUGAAUCAGACAUCCGCAACAAUCGGUCAUCAAACUAAUUCAUGGUUUACAGCGUCAACAUCGACAUCAGCAGGCAUAACAACGACGACAGAGUCGUCGAGGAAGACAGAGGAAGGAGAGGCGGAUGAACAGUCAGUCACUACAGACUAUUAAAUAUUCAGAGUUAAAUGAAUAGACG